UUGCAAGCAUGGCAGAGGAAAAGGGGUGACCAAAAUUGAGAACAAGAAGCCAAACGAAGAAAAAAAUAGUGACAUUGUGGUGUUCUUAAGUGUGAAAAGUUUUAUUCUCAUACGGUUUACUUGUGGCAUAUGUAAUAAAGGUUCACAUGUGCAAUGGACUACGACGAUCCGUAUGAGAGUCUACCAAGUACCUCCACUACCACAACGCAUAUGUUAGCCGGAUCGGCAGCUGGUGUCUUAGAACAUAGUGUUAUGUACCCUGUGGACUGUGUCAAGACACGUAUGCAAUCAUUGGUGCCGGACCCAAAGGCUGACUACCGCAGUGUGGUGGAUGCGUUUAACACCAUUAUUCGCCAUGAGGGGUUACUGAGAACAAUGAAGGGAGCUCCAAUAGUUGUGCUGGGAGCAGGACCAGCACAUGCAUUCUACUUUGCUUGUUAUGAAUAUCUUAAAAAAACUCUUAGUGGGGGUCAGAAGGGAAACCAUAUUGCUCAUGGUGUAGCUGGAUCAGUGGCAACACUGCUUCAUGAUUCUGUUAUGGUUCCUGUUGAUGUGGUAAAGCAAAGAAUGCAGGUAUUCAACAGCCCUUAUACAAGCUGCAGGUCAUGUGCAAAAGCCAUUCUUAAGCAGGAAGGCAUCUUUGCAUUUUACAGAAGCUAUACCACACAACUGACAAUGAAUAUCCCUUUCCAAAGCGUGCACUUUAUGACUUAUGAAUUCAUGCAAGAUAUACUAAACCACGACAGAAAUUAUAGUCCAGUGACUCAUAUGGUUUCAGGCGCCGCAGCAGGUGCGGUGGCAGCCUCAGUGACUAUGCCACUUGAUGUAUGCAAAACGCUCCUCAAUACACAAGAGAGUUGCACUAGGACUCAUGCAUCUUACGUCAAUGGCAUGAUAUCUGCUUUUAGGACGGUUUAUGAAUUUCAGGGCCUGACUGGGUUUUACAGAGGCCUGACGGCUCGAGUGAUAUUUCAGAUGCCCGCCACUGCCAUCUCCUGGUCUGUGUAUGAAGGGUUUAAGUACAUCAUCACCAAAAAGCAAGCUGUAGAAGACACUCUGCCAAAAACCCUCUCUAUCCGAGCAGCCUCAGCGUCUUCUCAUCCUGACUAAAUGGAAAUAAAAAAAUUUUCUUGUUUAGGUUUUUUAAAAAAAGUCAAAAAUUUAAAAAAUCUGUCAAAUGCCCAAGUAAUAUUUAUUUACACAUGUACCAUGAUGCUUACAAAAAAGAGCUUAAAUUGCUUCACAUACCUAGAGCUAAAAAGAAAUUUAUGAAUCGUUGCAUGCAGAUAAUUAUGAUUGAAUUGAAUAGAUUUCACUUGAUUAGCCUUUUUAAAGAAUUUUAAAAAAAAGUUUUUUAAGUAUUCUAAACUUUUAUUCUGAAUUCAGUAACUUUGAUACAACAGAUUUUAGUAGAAAUUAAGGUGAAUGGAGAUGCUUGCGAUAAAGUCCCCUUUUGAUAAGUCAACCCAGGAAUUUACCAAAAUAUUUAGAUUACCAGUAUCUAUCAACUGUCUCUGGAUCGGUGCUAUCAAACAAAAGUAUUUGUGUCUUGCUUUCAAGAAAAUCCUGUGCAACAUUUCAAGUGUACUGGUAGUUUGAAAUAAAGAAUUUUUUUUAAAUUUGUGCACUUCAGAAGAGAUAGAAAUUAAUUUUUUCUAAUCAUGGAAGAGAAAAAGAAGAAAAAUGUAGUAAUCCAAAUCAAAAUAAGGAGAUUCUGGGAAAAAAUUAAGCUCAGCUGAAAAAAAGCUUUUAUCUGCAUGAAAGGGAAAAAAAAUCAAAUAGAAGAGAAUAUAGAAAAAGGAUCUUCAGGCAAAGGAUUUCUAAAAUUCAGAAAAAGGAAUAUUGGAAGGAAGAUUUUGAAGGAAAAUGUGUUAUUUUCAAGUGCAAAGUUUCAGUUGGGAAUCAAAGAAAAUGUGAAUAUAUUAUUGUGUUGUCAUUGGAAGAACCUCUGCAAUGCACAUUUUGUGAAUUUCCUCUGGAUCAUGGUAUGUCAGCGCGAUGGACAGCUACAUAACGAGAUCUCAGUUUUUUUUUGUUUUUUUUUAUAAAGCAUUUACAUAUGAUGGCCACAUAUAGAAAAUAAGUUGCUUCCAUGUUUCCAUGUAUUUGACAUUACUUUGUUAUUUAUCAGUAAGGUAUAACUAAUUUAUACAUUAUGUACCCAAUACUGACAAAUAGAUGUACAUGACCUAUAGAGAAAUGUUAAUCAUAGAAUGUAUCUUAACACCCUGGAAUCUUUGUUAAAAUGUGAAGAUGUGCAAACCGUUCUGGUUGUUUAUAUGCAUACGCAGCAUCACAAAUGUUUAGUAAACUCACCAUGUAUUAGACUUUUUUAAUCAAAGGAGUCAGUAUAGGAACUAGAGAGUUAAAAAUUAAUGGAUUCAUAUCAAUGAAAUUUUGAAGUACAUGUACAUAUGUGUAACUUUUGGAAGUGCAACAUUUAAAUGUACAUUAUGAAUAUAGCAAAAAUCAAAAGUAAUUAUGAUAAGAUGUUUGUAAUUUUGUUUGUAAUUCUAUUCAUUCUAAUUGGAUUUGCAUGUUUAAAUUUAUUUCAGAAAUCUUAAUGGUGCAUUUUAGUUCCUUGAUUAAUGUCAUAUACAUGGACACAGAGGAGGCAGUUUUCUAUAAUGUGGCCAUAUUGUUUAUCUAUUGCUGUGUCAGUUGCUAUGGACAGCUACCCAGUGAUAUUUUUGUUGUGUUUGGAGUGUUUCUGUGUGAGAAUUGAGAACGUUCUACACCUGAACAAAUUUUGUUAAUGUUUUUGUACAUACCUUACAUAUAUAUUAUAUAUAUCUCCAUCAUGUUGAAGAAGGCAAGGAUAAAUUAUGCAUUUAUUAAAUUAAAUCUUUUUUAUACUUGGAAAAAGUGUCAUGUGAGAAUGGAGAACAUCUACAUGCAUAAUAUAAAAAAGUCAUUAGUAUUUAUACCUUGAUGCACCUGUCAUUAUAGAAGCAUGUCUUUAAGCCUCAUACAUGUACAUGUAUACAACUGUGUGAUAAUUUUUUUUUUAAAAAUUGGAAAAAUGGAAGCUUUUACAGAUUUUAGGAAGAUUUUUUUCCCCUUUAAAUUAUUACUGCUUUUUCAGUAGAAUUUUAGAAUUAGUAGGAAUGCCUAUAGAAAAAAAAUUGUAGAAAUGGAAAGGUGGGUUGGGUGAAGUCAGAUUUUAUAUCAAUAUUACAUGUAACAGGUUAUCUUUUGAACUUGUACUUAAUGAACUUAAAACCAGUUUAAAUAAUAACCACAUCAUUAUCAGGAUUAUGCAAAAUCUGAAUCAGCUGUUUGUAUGGACUCAAAUCAUCCUAAUUCUUGACAUUUAGAUGCAUCUCAAAUUGGAUUAUGCUAAAUGCAUUGUGUAUGCAUGAACUUUAAAAAUGUUUAUUAUGUUAAUAGAAAGGAAUUACAACAUAUGUAUUUUAAUAUUUUCAGAAAAAAUUAAAAUGGUAAUUUUAAAUUAAAUUUACUUCCAUUAA